UUCUUCGUUCACAUUGAGAUCAUCAACAUCAAUUCAUCAUUCGUCUUUCAAGUUUCAACUUUCAAGUCUCUUGAAUUUGAGACGUUGUAGUAAUUCGUAGUUUAUUUAUUGAAAAAUGUUUCUGAGACAUAAAAUUGAAGUUAAUUGAAGAAAAAUAACUAAAUAAUAUCCAUAUAGAAUCGAAAUAAACCUACUAAACUCAGUAAAAUUCAAGAUGGAAAUCGAUGAAACUCAACAUGUUGGCGAUAACGGCGAUAUUUUCAUUCACCGUUUAAAAGUACUAACUGACGAAGAAAAACAACGUUUGGAAGCACAGAACACUAGGAUUAUACCAGAAGCCAAAGCUGCACGUUUAGAAAAAGAAGCGAAACGUCAUUGGGACAUAUUCUACAAGAGAAAUGAAACCAAAUUCUUCAAGGACCGGCAUUGGACCACACGUGAGUUUCAAGAGCUUAUUAACUUCGAGCCGGAUGAUAAGAUCACGUUUCUAGAACUAGGAUGUGGCGUGGGCAAUAUGAUAUUCCCGCUAGUCGAGGAAGGUUUCUCCAAUUUCCAUUUCUAUGCAUGUGACUUUUCACCACGUGCAGUGGAGUUUGUAAAGGCCAACAAAUUGUUUGACGAGAGUCGCAUGAAAGCUUUUUGCGCUGAUCUUACCACUGAUGAUUUAUUUGAGAAUGUGGAAGAAGGCUGUGUGGAUAUAGCUAGUCUGAUAUUCGUAUUGUCUGCAAUCCACCCGGACUCGUGGUCGCAAGUAGCCAAAGUCGCGUACCGGGCGCUUCGUCCCGGGGGCGUAUUGUUGUUUCGCGACUAUGGCCGAUAUGAUAUGGCGCAGCUAAGAUUCAAGCCAGGACACAAGAUCGCUGAUAAUUUCUACAUGAGGCAAGAUGGGACCAGAAGUUACUACUUCACGGAGGAAGAGCUGCAGAAGGUUUUCGCUGAUGCUGGGUUUGAGAUCCUCAUGAACACUUAUGUACAACGCCGGACUGUCAACUUCAAAGAGGGAAUUGAUGUACCUCGCAUUUUUGUCCAGGGAAAAUAUAAAAAGCCCGCUAAAGGUUGAAACAGUGUCUGCAAUCAUGAAAUUGCAAUGGAAACAUAAGUGGUUUGAUUAAUGAGCUCUACAAUGGUGUCAGAAUCAUGAUUUUACUGAUCAUUCAAGAACAACAGAACUGCUGGAUCCAUGUGACUUAUUAUAAAAGAUAGGAGAAAAGAAUAGUCAUGGAUUAGCAAUGAUUAGUAAUAGUUACUGACAAGAAACUUCUGAUAAGAUAACAGAUAUCCUGUACACUAAUGGAUGGAUACUUCCUAAAUAUAUACAAAUUGAAUGUAUACAGCUUACUUGCAGUAGAAAUGUUAACCUUAUUGGCUGUAAAUUUAGUAAGAACUGAGAAGUUGAGAACAGAAAGAACAUUGGAAAUGAAAAUCCAUUUAAAGAAGGAGCUGGAUCAGUGAUGUCAUACAAGCAACGAGAAAACAAGCCUUGGAUAAGAAGAAUAUCAAUGGAUAGCAUCAUCUGAUAUUAGGAAAACUAA